UGACCUCAAACAUGAUGUAAGUAUGGUGUACAAAAUCCAAAAAACUAUGACUGCCUUUUUGAAAGAGAACCACCCACACAUUAAAGAGAUUCAUUACUUUAGUGAUGGGUGUGCAGCAGAAUAUAAAAAUAAAUACAACUUCGUAAACCUGUGUCUACAUGAGAGAGAUUUUUUACCGAGAGCUCAGUGGUCUUUUUUUGCGACCAGCCAUGGCAAAACGGAAUGUGACAGAAUAGGGCUUACUGUAAAACGCAUAGCUCGGAGGGAAAGUCUUAAACGACCUCUGGAAAAACAACUUAUAACAGUGGCUGAACUGUUUGACUUCUGCAAGACCAGAAUUGAAAAUAUCAGUUUCCAUUUGAUUACUAAAGAAGCAGUUAAAUUGACUCGUCUUGCUAUGGAAAGUCGCUUCAAAGAUGUUCAAACUCUUCCAGGGACAAGAUCAUUUUACAACUUUCAGCCACAAAAUGAUUCACAAACAAUUGAGGCUUGAAGAAUUAGCAAGGAUGAAAAAGCAGCUAUUGUUUUUAAUUUAUUUAACAUUCAGCAUAACUAUAUCGUGAAAUUAGAAGAUUUGUACCCUGGAUGUUUUAUUGCUUGUGUUUAUGACAGCUUCUGGUACUUUGGCAUGGUGAAUGAGAUAAAUGCUGAACAAAAAGAUGUCACGCUACAGUUUCUUCAUCCCCGCGGACCAUCACCAUCUUUUUUUUUGGCCCAAGAAAGAAGAUACAUGUGCUGUGCCCAUUCCUCAUAUUAUUCCUACGGUGGAACCGCCAAAAACAAUGACUGGAAGAACCUAUCAGUUUUCACAAGAAUGUAUGACAAAUAUCCAAUCAAAAUUUGACAAUCUAGAAGAAUUUUGAAGUACAAUGACCUAACAGUGUUACAACCGCAAGAACUGUAAGCCUUAAUAACAUAGGAGUAUUGCAUGUAUGGUGCUGGCUGGGAUGCGGAUCGAGACAAUUUUUGAGAUAUGCAACCGUGCCGUUUCUUUCUGGAACUACCAGAUAUCGCAGCAGUACAUGUUCCAUGCCAUGUCUGCGAAAAGAGCAAAGGAUGCAAUAGCAGAGUUGGAGACAGUGCACGAGACUGCAGUGGGGAAGUUGACAAGCAAACUGAAAAUGCUGACAAAUAGAAUGAAAGACAUGAAGGAAGAAGAAAAGAGUUUGCAGCAGCGGAUAGCAGACCUGAACCAACAGCUGUCUCUCAAAAACCAACAAGUACAAAAACUCCAGAACAAGAACACGGCGCUGAAGCAGCGCUGCGCGUCGGGCUCGAUGAGCGACUACGUGGAGGACGAGCGCCUGCACGCCUACCACCAUCACCACCACCACCGCGUGCCCAACGCUCGCCCCGACUUCCGCAUGGCGCCCAGGACACUCGUGGGCAGCGACCACGCCGACGGCUGCUCCCAGCGUGUCAACACCGAGUUCCUCAAGGCCGUACCCGCCGCUGCCAGGGGUACUGGUUUCCAUUUUGAACCAGACAUCCCCAACGCACAGUUCGACGGAACAUCGACUCUGUUUAGCGUUUCCAGAAGAUCGUCUGAUGGCUCGAAACAGAAAAGCAAGAGUUGAAGAUACCCACAUGCCCAGCUGUAGUUUUUACAAGUAAAGACUGUGACAGUUUUGUUUGCUAGCCACUGUGAAUGACAGCAGCAGCAACACCAACAACACCAACAACAACAACAACAACAACAACAACAUAUGUCUAGGCCUGCUUUGUAUCACCACAUUUUCUUUUCAUAAAUGACCAUAUUGUAUACUUAUUAAAUUAUUAACUUUAUUUCUUCCUUUCACUCUGUAAAGCAUUCAAGUGAUGGGUGAUCACAAUCAGAACUGUCAAGCAUUUGAAAAAUAACAAUGCCUCAACAGAAGUACACGUAUAUUGUCUUGUAAAUAAAAAUUCAAAA